CGGGGCGCGACUUCCGCUUCCGGCCGUCCUCUUCCCGGCCGCUUCCCCUGCGCUCGGCGGCGGCGCCCCCCUCCCGCCCCCUCCCGGGAGCCGGAGCCCGAGGAUUCCCGGGAUGCGGUGACCGGCUCCCCGAGUCGGACGUGCCCCCCCUCCCGCGGCCCCGGGGGGCCCGGACCGGCCUCCGUCAUGUCGACUUCCUCGCUGCGCCGGCAGAUGAAGAACAUCGUCCACAACUACUCAGAGGCCGAGAUCAAGGUGCGCGAGGCCACCAGCAACGACCCCUGGGGGCCCUCGAGCUCCCUCAUGUCCGAGAUCGCUGACCUCACCUACAACGUGGUCGCCUUCUCCGAGAUCAUGAGCAUGAUCUGGAAACGUCUCAACGACCACGGCAAGAACUGGAGGCACGUCUACAAGGCCAUGACGCUCAUGGAGUACCUGAUCAAGACCGGCUCGGAGCGCGUGUCCCAGCAGUGCAAGGAGAACAUGUACGCGGUGCAGACCCUGAAGGACUUCCAGUACGUGGACCGGGACGGCAAGGACCAGGGCGUCAACGUGCGCGAGAAGGCCAAGCAGCUGGUGGCCCUGCUGCGGGACGAGGACCGCCUGCGGGAAGAGCGGGCCCACGCCCUCAAGACCAAGGAGAAGCUGGCUCAGACGGCCACGGCGUCCUCGGCGGCUGUGGGGUCCGGGGCACCCCCAGAGGCGGAGCAGGCCUGGCCCCAGAGUAGCGGGGAAGAAGAGCUGCAGCUGCAGCUGGCCCUGGCCAUGAGCAAGGAAGAGGCCGACCAGCCCCCACCCUGUGGCCCCGAGGAUGACGUCCAGCUCCAGCUGGCCCUUAGUUUGAGCCGGGAGGAGCAUGACAAGGAGGAGCGGAUUCGUCGAGGCGAUGACCUGAGGCUGCAGAUGGCAAUCGAGGAGAGCAAGAGAGAGACCGGGGGCAAGGAGGAGUCGUCUCUCAUGGAUCUGGCUGAUGUCUUCACAGCCCCGGCCCCCCCACCCUCCUCUGACCCCUGGGGAGGUCCUGUCCUUGCAGCCGUCCCACCCUCCGACCCCUGGGGGGGCCCCCCAGGACCCCCUGUCCCACCCUCAGCUGACCCCUGGGGGGGUCCGGCUCCCACCCCUGCCUCUGGGGACCCCUGGAGACCUGCCCCACCCCCUGGCCCUGCUGCUGAUCCUUGGGGGGGCCCCCCUGCUCCCCCUGCUGGAGAGGGGGGGACCCCAGACCCCUGGGGGGGACCUGAUGGCCCAGGAGGGGCCCCAGUCAGUGGCCCAUCUACCACCACGGACCCGUGGGCACCAGCGCCAGCCUUCUCCGACCCCUGGGGAGGCUCCCCAGCCAAGCCCAGUACCAAUGGCAGCCCAGUGCCUGGGGGCUUCGAUGCGGAACCGGAUGAAUUCUCUGACUUUGACCGCCUUCGGACGGCACUGCCCACCUCGGGCAGCAGCACUGGGGAGCUGGAGCUUCUGGCUGGAGAAGUCCCUGCACGGAGCCCUGGGGCAUUUGAUCUCAGCGGGGUCGGGGGCUCCCUGGCAGAGGCUGUGGGGAGCCCUCCACCGACAGUGCCGCCGGCCCCCACGCCCCCGACACGGAAGACGCCAGAGUCCUUCCUGGGACCCAAUGCCGCCCUCGUGGACCUGGACUCUUUGGUGACUCGGCCAGGGCCUGGCCCCCCAGGACCCAAGGCCUCCAACCCCUUCCUGCCAACUGGAGCCCCUGGCACAACCACUGGCCCGUCCCUCACCAAUCCUUUCCAGCCUCCACCUCCAGCCACGCUCACUCUGAACCAGCUGCGUCUCAGCCCUGUGCCCCCUGGCCCUGGGGCCCCACCGGCCUUCAUCUCACCCCUGGGUGGGGGGCCUGGCCUGCCUCCCAUGAUGCCCCCGGGACCUCCACCCCCUAACACUAACCCCUUCCUCCUAUAACCGGGUGGGGGGGAGGGGGAUGCCCGCCUCCUCUCACCCUCCAGGAGAUCAGUAUUGUGAGUGCAUGUGAAAGGGGGGGACCCUUCCUCCCCCUCCCCCCCCAAGCCUCAGUCCAAACCUGACCCAGUCACACUACACCCUCUCCCCAGCCUCCUCCUAAAGCUGGAAACAGGAGGCAGGCUUGGCAGGCAGGGGGACCCCUCUAUCCGGAGGCAUUAGAUGGGGCUGGGGCAUGUGGGCACCCCCUCCCAGAUUUCCCCCAGCCUUGAAUCCUUCCCCUCCAAUCAGUGUCGGAGCCCUGAUCUCCCCCCUCCCCCCACAGUGACUGUCCCUGGUGAUCACUCUUCUGACCUCUGUAAUAAAUGACAUUUCUGACGGG